UGUGUGCUCUGUGUGUGUGACUCAGUGUGUGUUGUGUAUCACUGGUGUGUGUGUGAGUGUCACUGUGUGCUACACAUGUGUGUGACUCUGUGUUGUGUGUCACUGGUGUGUGUGUGUGUUACUGUGUGCUUUGUGUGUGUGUGAGUGUGUUGUGUGUCACUGGUGUGUGUACUCUGUGUGUGCGUGUGUGUGUCAGUGUGUGUGGUGUGUCACUGGUGUGUGUGCUCUGUGUGUGUGCGUGUCGUGUGUCACUGGUGUUUGUGUGUGUGUGAGUGUGUGUGUCGUGUGUCACUGGUGUGUGUGUGUGUGUGUGUGAUGUGUCACUGGUGUUUCUGUGUGUGUGAGUGUGUGUGUGGUGUGUCACUGGUGUGUGUGUGUGUGUGUGUCGUGUGUCAGUGGUGUUUGUGUGUGUGUGAGUGUGUGUGUCGUGUGUCACUGGUGUGUGUGUGAGUGUGUGUCGUGUGUCACUGGUGUUUGUGUGUGUGAGUGUGUGUGUGGUGUGUCACUGGUGUGUGUGUGUGUGUGUCGUGUGUCAGUGGUGUUUGUGUGUGUGAGUGUGUGUGUCGUGUGUCACUGGUGUUUGUGUGUGUGUGAGUGUGUGUGGUGUGUCACUGGUGUGUGUACUCUGUGUGUGUGUGUUGUGUGUCACUGGUGUGUGUGUGAGUGUGUGUGUCGUGUCACUGGUGUGUGUGUGUGUGUGAGUGUGUGUGUGGUGUGUCACUGCUCUGUGUGUGAGUAUGUGUGUCGUGUGUCACUGGUGUGUGUGUGUGUCGUGUGUCACUGGUGUUUGUGUGUGUGUGAGUGUGUGUGUCGUGUGUCACUGGUGUGUGUGUGUGUGUGUGAGUGUGAGUGUGUGUGUGGUGUGUCACUGGUGUGUGUGGCAGUGUGUGUGCUCCGUGUGUGUGAGUGUCACUGUGUGCUCCCCGUGCGUGUGCGGCGGCUCGCAGAGCGCUCUGGGGGAGGGGAGAGCAGCGCCAGCCACUCACAGAAACAGUAGUUGAAAUCUCCCCAACACUUUAACUGUCAAUCAGGCUUAAUGGGGUAUAAAAACUCCCCAGCGCCGCGGCUGUGAUAGGCAGAGGGAGCAAUAGGCAGAAAUGAGUAAGAGCCAGAGCUGAAAUAGUGCACGGCAUCAUUCCUGCUCUGAUCACAGGCACUCCAAGUGAAAAAAAGCCAGGAGAGGGGGCAGAGAGAGGCGAUUAUCAGCUCAGCCUCUGCAGCCAGCCAGGAGAGAACGUCUAUAGAUAUUUAUAGAUAUUCAAACAAAAAAAAAAAAACAACAACCUUGCCCUGAAUAGAGCCUUUCUUAAAAAGAAGGUCCUGGCAAUUCUGUCUUAUUUAAGCAAUUUCCUGAGUCUAAGAAUAGCAGUGAGCUGCCUGGAAGGCACUGCAGGCUGAAAUUUGGAGACAUAGGCUGCUUGAUUUUAUUUUUCCAAGUAUCAACGCCUUCUAUUUGGAUACUGGAUUUUUAUGUCGGCCUUUGAAGCAGAGGGAUGUGUGGUUACUUCUAAUUUUUACUUCGUUGUUUUUUUCCUUUCUUUUAAUUUUAAAAACCUGCCUUCCAGUUCCAAAGCAAGGAAACCGUUCUACCUGCGAGUGACAAUCCCAGAGGACACCGAGCAAGAAGCAGGGAAGUGACUCGGUCUUCUGCACUACUUUACUCUUACCCCGAUUUUUCUUAGAGGGAAAGAAGGAUUUUUCCAGUCCAAGAAUCGCUGGCUCCCCGAGCUUUGGAAGGGGGUUGAAGACUUGUCACCCAUCUGGGGGUGCGUGAAGGAUGGUUUAUCUGGUGGUGAAAGCUGCUCUGUGCAUGGUGCUGCCGCCCAAGCUCCGAGACCUGUCCGGCGACAACGUGCUGGUCACCGGCGGGGGCAGAGGCAUCGGUCGCCAUCUGGCCAGGGAGUUUGCUAAACGAGGAGCCAGAAAGAUCAUCCUGUGGGGUCGAACUGAGAAAUGCCUGAAGGAGACCACGGAGGAAAUCAGGAUGAUGGGGACAGAAUGCCAUUAUUUCAUCUGCGAUGUAGGAAACCGAGAGGAGGUCUAUCGGCAAGCAAAAGCCGUGCGGGAAAAGGUGGGUGAUAUCACUAUCCUGGUGAACAAUGCUGCUGUGGUCCAUGGGAAGAGCCUGAUGGACAGUGAUGAUGAUGCACUGCUCAAAUCACAGCACAUAAACACCCUGGGACAGUUCUGGACAACCAAAGCAUUCCUGCCAAGGAUGCUGGAGUUGCAGAAAGGACACAUUGUUUGCCUGAACUCUGUGCUGGCCUUGUCAGCCAUCCCUGGUGCCAUUGACUAUUGCACCUCCAAAGCUUCGUCCUUUGCCUUUAUGGAGAGCCUGACCCUGGGGCUGCUGGACUGUCCAGGAGUGAAUGCCACAACAGUCCUGCCCUUCCACACCAGCACAGAGAUGUUUCAGGGCAUGAGAAUCAGGUUCCCUAAUCUUUUUCCUCCUCUCAAGCCAGAGACAGUGGCUAGGAGGACAGUAGAAGCAGUUCAGAUGAAUCAAGCCUUCCUGCUCCUUCCCUGGACAAUGCAUGUUCUUGUCAUCCUAAAAAGCAUUCUCCCUCAGGCAGCACUUGAAGAAAUCCAUAAGUUUUCUGGGAGCUACACCUGCAUGAACACUUUUAAAGGACGAACAUAGACUUGGUGGUGCAAGGACUGUUCUUCAGUGAAACCAACAGAAGCAUGAAACCCUGACAAGACUGUGAAUCAGCAGGCUUGGCUUUUAGCCUGUUCAUGUGACUUGCACUGCUCUGAGGCAACACAUUUCUUGCAGGUCAUAUCCAUAGUAACAUGACCUUUGCACAGGAUUGAGUGACUAGACUAUGGACCCUUGGAAAGGAAAUCAGAAAGUGUGAAAUGUUUAUAUAUGAUGUUUAAUUGUUUAGAGUUCAACUGUUAAAUCUGCUCAUAGUUUUAAGAUGUAAUUUUUGUUUCCCAAGUGUCUGUAGGCUGUCUCAGCUGAGAGGCAGAGCAUUACACCCCUGCACAUACUUUGUCCCCUCUCUCCAGAUUGCUACUGGUUUAAUUUCACCUUCUUGAAUCGGGAACUUAAAUAUACUUUGAGGAACUAAAAGUUAUGGACAUUUAA